UUGUAAGUGUGCGUGCGUUUGGCUGUGAUAGAAAUAAAGAAAGUGUGUAUAGUAUAUCUACAAAAAACAACAAUAAAAUAAAUGAAAAUGAACUCGUUCAACACAAAUGCACAUGACUUCCGGUCGUCGUCGAAACGGAAAUGCUUUUCUCUCACUUGCUGUUUGAUAUUUGUCCUUUUGAUGUCACAGGCUUCCUGUCGGCCAUCCGAAACCGACAACGACAAUGGCAGCAGUGAUGCCCUCACAUACAACGACAAAGACUACGUUGAUCCUGAUGACAUCGAUUGGAAGAACUUUGCAGCUGUCGAAACCACAUCGAAAGUCCAUCCGAUUAUAUACUACAAGGAGGACAUUGUUAGCGAGGAUUAUGAUCCUAGCAAGGAAAAAUCUAAGAAGAAAACCGAAGAGGAAGAUCCAAAGAAAGUAAAAGAAAUUAAACCACACCACAGUCGAAGAAAGUACAAAGAAAUAUCUCGACAUCACAGACAUCGCAAUCAAACUGAAAGCUAUCGAUAUAUUAAACCGGAAAAGGUAUAUUUUGAUAUUAAUCCGAUUGAGCAUCAAGGCGGCAGCAGCACCAAAGAGCAUAGCGAUGAAGAUGAUUACAACAAGUUCAACGAAGAUGAUAUUCAUAUUGAAGUUAUAUCAUUGCUUGAUGAUGAGGAGGACAAUACAAAUCCCAAGGAUAUCCAAAACGAAUCUAAAAAUUUAUUAAAUAAAAAUCCAAAAAAAUAUAAUCAUCGACAUCGGCGUGAUGUGAGAAUAGAAGAGGACGAGGAUACGAUGAAAAAUAUACGAUUGCGUCAUAAACGAAAUCCUUUCUACAAUCCAGUUUCGCAUUAUUCAAAUGUGAUACCAAUGUACGGAGGAGUGCCCUAUAAGAAUCAUUUAUUUAUCUAUUCGAAGGUUCCAGUUAGAUCACCAAAUUAUAAUUUACCAGGUUAUGUACCCAAAAAUCCUACCCCAACUCCAUCUUCUGUUGGUAACCGUGUUGGAAUUUCAGAUGACGAUUUGCCAGUUUGGGGAUCGGUAGAUUUGCCACCAUCAGUUAAUACUCAGGCGCCACCUAGAACACUGCCACCAAGGAGACCACCACCUUCAAUCCUUCAAAGUGGAGAUGAGGAUUAUAGGGCUUCUCCUAAUCGAAAUACAAGACCUCCAGCAGCAACUCAAAGAACAACACCACGUCCACGUACAACACCACGUACAACACAACGUCCAACACCAGCACAAGAAUCAUCACCUCGUACUUUGUCAGCUUGCAUUUGGGCAAUAUCAUCGUGCUGUGAUAAUAGAAAUACAGAAAUUCGUUAUCAAUGUUUUGAACGAUUAGGCUGCCAAGGUGCCUUCUGGGAUCUUAAUCCCUGUGCCGAUGAUAUCUACAGAUCUGCCGUUGAUGCUGCUGAUCAAUUUCUUGAUUAGAUGAGACAACAAUAUUUUUUGUUUCAGUUUAUUUGUUUCGUGUGAAGCAUGGAAUCGUUGCUUAUUUAUUUAAAAAAAAAAGGAAACAGAACUUAUUCUGUAUACUUACAAGUAAUUAAGAAAAAUGCAUUUAAAAAUACUUUAUUUUUCAACCAACGCUAUUAUACUAAUAGUUAGAAACUAGCGUGUUGGUGAGCUAUAAAGUGUGAUGUUUUUAUGUUAAUUUUAAAAAUUUUAUCGAAUAAUAUACAAUAAUUUUUGAUUUUGUACACAAAAAUGGAAA